GCCAUCGCUCUUGAAGAACCCCGCGCCAUCUCUAGGAACCAUGUACGUUCCUCAAAUACGCAAGUAUGAGGAAGGCUAAGGCUUGUGCAGCUUGCCGUGAACGCCGGCGGAGAUGCGAGAACAGUGCAUCAGGGUCUCCUUGUACAUUCUGUACUGCUCGAGGUCUCCGAUGCACAUUGGCACGCCUGACUGGUGAUGCUACCAAUGUGGAACAUGGCCUGUCUCCUUCUUCCGAUGCAGUCACGAGGAGAUCAUCCACUCCGCUAAAACAGGGAAUACAGAGCAGCCAAUCCCCUGCUCGAUCGCUAUGUGCAGAGUUAGUGCAGCUCUAUUUUGACUAUGUACACGAUCAAUUCCACAGCCUUUUCCAUCAACCAAGUUUCGAAAAGGACAUGGUUCGAGGGAAGGCGCCUCGCAUUUUAUUAUAUGGAAUGAUGGCCCUGUCUGCAAGAUUUUCCAAGAACACAACUUUCUGUGAUACAGAUCCACGGAUUAGGGGUAAUGCCUACGCUAAGGAAUGUACGCGCCUACUUGAUUGGAACGAUAUCUCCUUGACAACAAUUCAAGCGUGCGUUCUACUCGGUGCAAUCGCAAUCACAGAGGGAAAAUCAGCGAUUGAAAAUAUAUAUUACGCCAUGGCCUGCCGGAUGGCCCAGCUGUUAGACCUUCCGAACUGCAAAACCGAUAGCCGAGUAGAGCGGGAGGUCAAUAUUCGAACAUGGUGGAGUCUGUGCAUGAUAGAUGUCUGGUCUUCCACUGGCGUGCGACUACCAAGGCUGCUCGCCCCGAGAAAGAACGUCCCAUUACCGAUGGACGAAGUUGUCUUUCUCCAGCUGAGUCGCGACUUCGGGUUUGAUGAUGUGAUUCAAACAAACCAAAGAUCCUCACUCCUUGCCGAAAUGGUCCGCUUGAAUCAUAUUUUGCAACAAAUUAACGAUUUCAAUAUCCGUGUGGCCGAAUCCAAGCUUGAUGCCAUCGAUAUUCUGAGUGACGUUGAGCACCUUUCUUCGCAGCUCGACGGGUGGCUUGAUGAGUUACCAGAUCACAUUCGAGAUACUCGCGAAAACCUGGAACGGUACUCCGCUAUGGGCCUCGGUCGUAUGUUCGUAGCAAUCUACUUGGGGUACUAUCACUUCGGACAGAUGCUCUUCUACCGAUUCCUUCAUGAAGACUUGGAAUCGACCAGUAUCCGCAACCGUCGUUACGCUAAUAAAUGCAAGGAGCAUGCGGGCAGGCUAUGUGAUAUUGUUUACUCUUCAGAGACAGUGCCCGACUGCGACGCAAAGUACAAUAUGGUUGGUCAUGUGCUUGUCAUCGCGUCGACGGUGCAAAUCCAUAACCUUCUCUUCGAAUCGAAUGAGAAGAAUGUCACUCUGGCGAAAAUGAGGUUGGAGAAGAACUUUUGCAUAAUUACGCAACUCUGUGCCCUAUGGCCCACUCUCGACGUCUGCAUGAAUAGGCUCAUGGCAUUUCACAAAGCCUGCAGAGAGUCGGCAGAUACAAGUUUCCGCAUGGAUCAAUGGAUGGUUCGAUUCUUGGUGGAGUUUGCAACUCCUGUGACGGAUAAGACCUCGCACGAGAGUGAUGGAGGUCACUGGUCACUGGCGGAGUUGGGCAUUCCUUCGGAUUAGAGACCUCUAUGACUGUGUGACGUAAUAGCCAAAUGAUAUUCAUCGGCGAAAUUAUCUCGUACACCGAUUCGUGGAGUAUUUGCACCU